AUGUUUCAGCAACUCCCGGUCUCUGUCAAGAGACCACGCCAACAUCCUCCCACAAUGGUCUCAUCCCAGCGAGGAAGCCCUCCGUCAUACCCAAGAUUGCAUCUGCUGAAAAUGCCACUCGAGGUCCGCCUCAAGAUCUUCCACGAGCUGUGGGAAGACCGAGACUUUGACCUGCUCAUGGUCAUCAAGGACUACGAAGACAGACACAGCAACAACAACCCCAUCACCCUCGCAUCCAUCCACUUUAUCCACUUCAACAGGCGCCCCAAAGUCCACUGGCACAACAAGAAGAUUCCCUGGGACAGAUACGCCGCGUGCCUCAGCAGCAUUGAGCUCCUCUGGUUCAACCGGCGGCUACACGGAGGCACGCGCAGCAACCGCAACUACUUCACCGUCUUCAAUCUGAUGAUAUCCUGCAGACAGCUCUGGGAAGAAGGGAGCCUAGCCUACUGGCGCCAGAAGCGCCUCCAGAUCGCCAUCACGAAGGAGUUUGGCGAGAUUCCCCGUGGAGACGAAGACAUCUUUGCCAUGGCUCAGUCUACAGACAGCGUCCUGUUUGGCGGGAGCAUUGGAAAGAGUGUCAGGAUCUUGACGCUGAGGUUUGACGACAAGGUGUUGAAUUGCCGGGUCACGCGUUGCGAUACUGUGCCCGGGGUGACGACCUGUGCUCAACACUCUGAUGAGACGUUUAUGCCGAAGCUGCAAUGGGCUCAUGAUACAAUCAUGAAGGCUCUCGGGCUGUUCACAAGCGUGACGUGCCUGGAACUGCUCAUCGAAAACGAGCGCGUCUACAAACUAUACGACGGCAUGGGCACGUUCGGCGAGAUACUCAAGUACGUCAAAGGAGAGCGGCCGCUGAUCAAGGUGGUUCGCAUCAAGGGCGGCCCAUGCGCAGAGCUGGUCAAGCAAUGGAAUCUCGAGCUCGACGCAUCCGUUUCUGGGGUUGCCUGGUCGAUGAACCCCUGUGUUCCGACUUGCAAGGACAAGAAGUAUAGUGGUCAUGCUGACAAGUUUGAUGCGACGCCGCGGGAAGUCGAUCAGCGGCCUGAUUUUGCUUGA